ACAACCUGCGUCCUUAGCGACCCCGGGACGGGGCAGCCUCCGCCCGCGAGCCGGGCUCCGUGAUUGGCCGAGGCUCGGGCCCCAAUACCGCGCCCCUCUCCGGUCCCCGCAGGCCGCCGCGGGUCGGGUUCCGGACGAGAGCACAGACUGCGCAUCCUUGAGCUGCCUGGGUGGGGAGACGCCCUCAGCGGGAUUUGAAGGGAUUUUGAGAAGAGUCAUGUCUUCAGUUUGGAAGACUCCGGGUGGGUCAGAUGCAGUGUCCGAGGUGGUGGUGAAAAUCAUCGGAAGUAAACACUUUCGGUACCUUGUGGAAAAGCCAAAGAUUAAGGAGAAUGAGAACGUGGAGGCAGAAAUUCAAGCAGUGCCCCAGAAAUCCGUGACUGGUAAUGCAAGGCAGAUGAACACAGACCCCUCAGCUCCUAUUAAUCCCACUGACCAUCAAGUCAAUCAUGACCCAGAUGUUGCAGGAGGCAAGCACCCAGAAAACAACCAGAAAUGGCAACACAACCAGAAGGUUCUAACAGAAGCACGCAGCAGCAGAUUCUGGGAUAACAAACUUCCCAACCAGGCAAAUGUCCAUUGCAGCUCUGUACCAACUGGAGACCAGUCCCUGUCCUAUAUCCAUGGCCUUCCCAGGAGAAAACUUAGAGACCAGUCCUUGGAACAGAUGACAAGGGGUGGCUCUGACCAACCUGAGUAUAUUGGCCAGAGACCAAAUGGAACAAGAGAAGACACUUUUCUUUUUGCCCUGAUCAGAAAAGAACUCAAGUCACACCCUUUGAGUUCCAGCUUAUUGGACAAACUUCAGAAAAAGCUGAAGAUCCUGGACCCUAUCUCUUCAGGAUUUCUCCUCCAAUCUCAGCUGAACCACCUCUUCUUGAGGCAUGAAGUCCCUCUACAGUUAACAACAGUCAAGAUCCUUUGCCAAAGAUUUUCUAAGAGGGGCUCACCUGAAAUGGUGAAUUAUGGAAAGCUACUCUGGUUUUUAAAAGUUGCAGCCUUGGAUGAACCACAGCAAAGCCAAAGAGUUACGGACAACAACCUAUGGAAAACUCAGGAUGGUAGCGAUCACAACCAAAGCCUUUCGCCUGCCUCUCCAAUCAGCAUUGCCUCCCGGGACUCCAGCUCACAGUCAGAAGUGAGCAGGAGCCUGGUGGAGAGCUUGAAGAUGGCACUAAGGGAAACCAAUGGCAAACUCAACAUAGAGACCCUCAGCCUGAGUCUUCGAAAAGAAGAUCGCUCAUUUUCUGGCUACCUGCCACCACCCAAGGUCAGGGCUAUAAGUGGGAAGCAUGGAUUAUAUCUGACUUUGAGCCUCCUGGAAACAUUGCUUAACCAUCAAGAUUUGGGUUACCAAAAUGAAAUAAAAUGGCAGAAUUUUGUGAAGAUGUUGAGCAGAGCUUCCUCUGACUUGUCAUCUGAUUUGCCUCCAGGAAAGAGGGGAGAGGAAACCUCUGUGACUCCCUUGCAGCCUGAAGUUCUUCAGACAGGUCAAGGCAAAACUGGACACACGAAAACUCCAGAAAAGGAACUGCAGCCAGAAAACCUGCCUGCUGAGACUUCAGCCCCCAAAGAUCCCCUAGGUGCUUUGAAGAUCAGGCCAGUCUCCCAGCCUUUCAUGAGUCCAGUGAGGAACAAUGAGUCUGAAGAAUGUGAGACAUGGAUCGACAGGUUCAGGAAGCUAGAAAAUGCCCUCUACUUGUGUGAUCUGAGUAAUACAGGAGUCCUGGAGAAGGAAUGGGCCAAACGCCUCUUUCUCAACUACAAUCUCAUUUACAACCUGUCCCUGAGCCCUCGGAAAAUCGACCAAGCCUUGCGGAGAUUCCACGAUGGAGAAAAUAUGCUCUUGGAGCCAGCGCUACGGUACUUAAAGGAACUGUAACAAGCCCAUAUUGUGAGAACAGAUGUUUCCUUUAUCUCUUUUUACCCAGACAUGUGUUUCUCCCCAGCCCCAAGUGUAGUGGUGGAGACACUGUCAGAGUUGAGGCCGAUGGAGCUAUUGUAGAUGCUUCAGACUUGGACCUGGUUUCUGGCUAUGACACUCGCUCAUAAGCACCUCAAAGGCAUCCAAGGAAACCAGGUUUUCUUUCCUAAGGUGGCAGGAAGCCAAUUUCUUAAAAUUCCCUUCUAUUCUAAUAAAGCUUAUUAUUAAUAGGACAUGAUUUUUUUCUACACUGCUGAUGAUUAAACUGUGUUUGUAAACCUUGCAAUUCCAUAUAGUGAAAAACAUGCUAGAUGUUGUCAACGCCCCCAAAUGCCUGUCACAGCAUAGGCCUAAAUACAUUGUUUUGGGGUGAAUAAGUCAGCCUUUCCUCUAGGCAUUAUUCUAGGAAGAAUUUCCACAUUACAAGAAAAAUAAAAGCAUUAACAAUAUAUUACCAUAAUACUAAGCAGUAAAAGGAGAAUUCCAAGUGAGGUUUUCUGAACAAGUCCAAUAUAUUCUCUAGUACAAACUAGAUGAUGGUACACUGUCUCCAGGGAAGUUUUCCCAGAGUAUCGGAUACAAGUUUUGAGGUGGGAUUCCUGGGACAAAGGGUUCUGGAUAUAGGUAACAUCUUCUUUGAUCCCUCUGCCAGGAAAAUCAAACAA